AUGCGGGCCCUUAUUCGCCUCCCAAUCUCCCCUUUCCGCAUCCCGUUCUCCCCUUUCCGCAUCCCGUUCUCUCCCCUUUCCCCAUCCCGUUCUCCCCUUUCCGCAUCCCGUUCUCCCCUUUCCCCAUCCCGUUCUCCCCUUUCCGCAUCCCGUUCCGUUCUCCCCUCCCGUUCUCCCCUUUCCCCAUCCCGUUCUCCCCUUUCCCCAUCCCGUUCUCCCCUUUCCCCAUCCCGUUCUCCCCUUUACGCAUCCCGUUCUCCCCUUUCCGCAUCCCGUUCUCCCCUUUCCCCAUCCCGUUCUCCCUUUCCCCAUCCCGUUCUCCCCUUUCCCAUCCCGUUCUCCCCUUUCCGCAUCCCGUUCUCCCCUUUCCCCAUCCCGUUCUCCCCUUUCCGCAUCCCGUUCUCCCCUUUCCCCAUCCCGUUCUCCCCUUUACGCAUUCCGUUCUCCCCUUUCCGCAUCCCGUUUCUCCCCUUUCCCCAUCCCGUUCUCCCCUUCCCCAUCCCGUUCUCCCCUUUCCCCAUCCCGUUCUCCCCUUUCCCCAUCCCGUUCUCCCCUUUCCCCAUCCCGUUCUCCCCUUUCCCCAUCCCGUUCUCCCCUUUCCCCAUCCCGUUCUCCCCUUUCCCCAUCCCCGUCUCUCCCCUUUCCCCAUCCCGUUCUCCCCCUUUCCGCAUCCCGUUCUCCCCGUCGUGCCUCCCUUUCUCCCAUUCCUGCCUCCCCUUCUCCCAUUCCCACCUCCCGAUCUCCCUUCCCUCGUUUCCCUCUCUUCCCUCCCUUCCCUCGUUUCCCUCUCUUCCCUCCCUUCCCUCGUUUCCCUCUCUUCCCUCCCUUCCCUCGUUCCCCUCUCUUCCCCCCCUUCCCUCGUUUCCCUCGCUUCCCUCCCUUCCCUCCCUUCCCUCGUUUUCCUCUCUUCUCUCCCUUCCGUCGUUUCCCUCUCUUCCGUCGUUUCCCUCUCUUCCCUCGUUUUCCCUCGUUUCCCUCUCUUCCCUCCCUUCCCUCGUUUCCCUCUCUUCCCUCCCUUCCCUCGUUUCCCUCUCUUCCCUCCCUUCCCUCGUUUCCCUCCCUUCCCUCCCUUCCCUCGGUUCCCUCUCUUCCCUCUCUUCCCUCCCUUCCCUCGUUUCCCUCUCUUCCCUCCCUUCCCUCGUUUCGCUAGGUUCCCUCUCUUCCCUCCCUUCCCUCGUUUCCCUCGGUUCUCUCCCUUCCCUCCCUUCCCUCGUUUCCCUCUCUUCCCUCCCUUCCCUCGUUUCCCUCUCUUCCCUCCCUUCCCUCGUUUCCCUCUCUUCCCUCCCUUCCCUCGUUUCCCUCUCUUCCCUCCCUUCCCUCGUUCCCUCUCUUCCCUCCCUCGUUUCCCUCUCUUCCCUCCCUUCCCUCGUUUCCCUCUCUUCCCUCCCUUCCCUCGUUUCCCUCUCUUCCCUCCCUUCCCUCGUUUCCCUCUCUUCCCUCCCUUCCCUCGUUUCCCUCUCUUCCCUCCCUUCCCUCGUUUCCCUCUCUUCCCUCCCUUCCCUCGUUUCCCUCGCUUCUCUCCCUUCCCUCCCUUCCCUCGUUUUUCUCCUCUCUUCUCUCCCUUCCGUCGUUUGCCUCUCUUCCCUCCCUUCCCUCGUUUCCCUCUCUUCCCUCCCUUCCCUCGUUUCCCUCUCUUCCCUCCCUUCCCUCGUUUCCCUCUCUUCCCUCCCUUCCCUCGUUUCCCUCUCUUCCCUCCCUUCCCUCGUUUCCCUCUCUUCCCUCCCUUCCCUCGUUUCCCUCGCUUCCCUCCCUCGUUUCCCUCUCUUCCCUCCCUUCCCUCGUUUCCCUCUCUUCCCUCCCUUCCCUCGUUUCCCUCUCUUCCCUCCCUUCCCUCGUUUCCCUCUCUUCCCUCCCUUCCCUCGUUUCCCUCUCUUCCCUCCCUUCCCUCGUUUCCCUCUCUUCCCUCCCUUCCCUCGUUUCCCUCUCUUCCCUCCCUUCCCUCGUUUCCCUCUCUUCCCUCCCUUCCCUCGUUCCCUCUCUGCCCUCCCUUCCCUUGUUUCCUCCUCUUCCCUCCCUUCCCUCGGUUCCCUCUCUUCCCUCCCUCCCCUCGGUUCCCUCACUAACCUCCCUUCUUUCGAUUCCCUCUCUUCCUCCCCUUCCCUCGUUUCCCUCUCUUCCCUCCCUUCCCUCGUUUCCCUCUCUUCCCUCCCUUCCUGA